CUUACUUCUUUGUGAUUGGACAAAAAAUGAAACGCCCGUGUGAGUUUUUCAUCCGGGUCGCGAUCAUGGCGUGCUGAACAACAUGUGAGUUUUGAGACCCACAAGCCGGAGAUUUUAAUACAUCUGAAACAACAGCAAACAUGGCAUCAGUGGAGGAGGACUUCCCUCGAGGGGGGACAACCAAGAAGCCCACUGAGAGUAAAAUAGUGAGUCAGCGGACUGAAGUGGACAACCUGUUCCAGUCAAACGAACAAGCAGAAACUAAGAAAAGGAAGGGGGCCAAAGAUGACAGCAAGAAACUCAAGAAGCAAAAGACUGGUAAAGAGAAAGAAGAUGGUCUGACUCUCAACGCGGCAGCCAAGUGUGUGGAAAUUCUACAUACCAAGAAUUUGAAGGAGGGUAUGCUGAUGCUGGGCUGUGUGAAGGAGGUAACAGACUUUGAGGUGACAGUCAGUCUGCCUUGUGGCCUGCAAGGCUUCCUCAGCAUCAAGAACAUCUGUGACUCGUACACCAAGCUGCUCAGCGAACAGCUGGAUUCGGUGGACACAGAGGAGAUCUACUCUCUGCCACACUUCUUCUACCCUGGCAUGGUGUUCAGGUGUGUGAUUGCCAAGCUGGAUGUAGCCAAGGGAGGCUCCAUCAGCAUCCAGCUGUCAGUCAAUCCAAAGCUGGUCAACAAGGCUCUCACUUCAAGCACUGUGAAAGCUGGCAUGGUCUUGAGUGGAUGUGUGGAGAGCGUAGAGGAUCAUGGAUACAUCGUUGACAUCGGCAUCAACGGAACCAAAGCCUUCCUCCCCAAGAAAACAGUAAAAGAGAGACAAAACAAUCCUGAAGAGCUGAAAGUGGGUCAGUAUGUGACUGCUCAAGUAGAGGAAGUGAAGAACGAUGGACGUGUGGUCCGGCUUUCUUUCAGCCCCCCGACCGUCGCCCAGGCCUGCGCUGAAUCCCAGCAGGGCUGGAACCUCACUAACCUUCUGCCUGGUCUUCAGGUCAAAGCUACGAUCAAAAAGGUGACCAAACACGGCCUGUUCCUGGACUUCCUGUCCUCAUUUAGUGGCCAGGUGGACUUUCUCCACAUGGAUCCAGAACAGACAUCCAGCUACACUGAGGGAGGCGAGGUACGAGCCUGCGUGCUGUAUGUGGAGCCAUCCACCCGUCUGGUGGGUUUGAGUCUGCGCAGCUACCUCGUUCAGCCCGGGAUCAGAGUUGACCCCGCUCCUGCUGGCGGCGACCGCAUCGGUGAGGUGGUGAAAGGCUGCAAGAUGACCUCUAUGCACCACAUGUCUGGAGCCAUGUUGGAACUGCCUGACAAAACAGUGGCCUUCGUACAUAGGAACCACCUGAAGGAGUCUAGUGAGCCAGCUAAUGAAAACAAAGUGCAGGCCAUGCCCGAACACACCUGCAGGAUCCUGGACUUCAGCGCCAUCGACCAAGUUCAUUUUGUUAGUCUGCGCAAGAGUGUGAUAAACAAGCCUUUCUAUAGAUACCAUGAUAUUCAGGCUGGUCAGGUUGUAGAGGGGACAGUGUCAGUCCUGCUGAAUCAUGGGAUGGUGGUGCAUUUGUCUGGCCACAUUAAAGGUCUGGUGCCCCGGACCCACCUGUCUGACAUCGUCCUAAAGAACCCAGAGAAGAAGUACAUGGAGGGCAUGAAGGUCAAAUGUCGGGUGCUGUCAGUAGAUCCGGAGAAUAAGAAGCUGUACCUGACCAGAAAGAAGGCCCUGGUUGAAAGCUCCCUGCCGUUGUUUCUCAGCUAUGCCGAUGCCCGUCCCGGCCGCGUGUCCCACGGCUACAUCGUCUGUGUCAAAGACUUUGGCUGCAUUGUUCGUUUCUACAACAGCGUCAAGGGCCUGGUGCCGCUCAGCGAGCUCAGCUCUGAGCCAAUCACCAGUCCCGAAGAAGUCUUUUAUGUUGGUCAGGUGUUAAAGGCAAAGGUACUUCAGUGCGACACAGACAAGGCAAAGAUGGUGCUGUCGUUUAAAGCUGCAGUGGGAGACACGGAGGAAGUUCCCAAGCCCCAGUUUGACUGUGAGGUGGGAAAGAAGCUGGAGGCCAAGGUGCUAAAAAAGACACUUAACGGUCUGGAGGUGUCCAUCCUUCCCGAAGAGAUCCGUGCAGUACUACCCACCGUGCACCUCUCGGAUCACAUGUCCAACUGCCCUCUGCUGUGGGAGAGCUUGCGGGAGGGAGACACCAUCUCCAACCUUGUCUGCUUGAACAAGAACAAACAGAGCAUUACUCUCACCAAGAAACCUACAGUGAGAUGGUCACUGGAGGAAGGAGUGGUUGCUAAGGAUUUCUCAGAGAUCACCGUUGGAAUGCAGCUGAUUGGCUGGAUCAAGAACAUCAUGUCCUACGGCGUCUUUGUAGAGUUCCCAUAUGGCCUUGUUGGUCUCUCACCCAAGUCGGCCAUGACCGACAAGUUCCUCAGUGAUACAACAAUCGCCUUCCAGAUGGGCCAGACAGUCAUCGCUAAGGUGACCAACCUGGAUGAGGAGAAGAAGCGUUUCUUGGUCACACUGAAAAUUUCAGAGGUCAUAACCCCAGAGGGGGACGCCCAGACCAGACUCAUUAAUGGUCUGCAGGAGAGAAGAGCUGUGACUGAAAUGUUGGCUAUGAGAGAUAACAGUGAUCUUCGCCAGCAGCUGACUGCUCUGACUGUUGGCCAGAAGCUGAAGCUGACUGUGGAUAGUGUGAAGGACAGCGGUGCUGUCUUUAAGUCUGAUGAUUUGGUUGGUGCUACUAUACAGGCCACCAAGCACCAUGUCAUGGGUGUUAGCUUGACCUCAGGACAGAAAGUAACUGCAGUUAUCCUCCAUGUUGACAUCCUGUCCUCUUGUGUCCAUGUGUCCAUCCUUUCCAAGCUAGUGGUGAAAAAGAAAUCUUUAACUGAAGAGUCAAAGUACACAGCGAUAGUGCAGCACAUUGACAAAGACUUUGCCAUCAUCUCACUGGAUGACACAGCUCAGCUGACAGUGAUCCAAACUAGCAGCCACCUGAACGAGGUAUUCCUGUCCGAGUCAGAGAAGCUGAAGGCGGGGAUGUGUUUGGCCACGGAGGUCAUAGAACCCAGCUGUCAAGAACUGCAAGGGCUCCCCCUAGUGUCAUGGCAGCGCACUGCACCAAAACGACAGCGCACCAUUUCAGAAAACCAAACCAGCUCCAAGGGUCACUGCUUCGGUGAAAUCCUGCAGGGUAAAGUGCGGACAGUGAAGCCCACCUGCGUUCAGGUCACACUAGAGGACGGAAGCAUCGGUAGCGUGCAUGUGUCCGAGGUGGUGGAGCCUGCAGAGGUGCGUGAGGGAUCCUUCCCCACAUCCUCGGUUAAAGUGGGCAGCGUGGUCACCGCCAGGGUCAUCGGAGGACGAGAGGCCUCCAGUCACAGAUUCUUGCCCUUUUCCCAUCCCAAGUUUACAUACACCAUUCCUGAGCUCACACUUAUACCCAGCAAACUGGACCAGAGUGUAGAUUUCAAAACAGUUACAGCGAAAGAAAAACUGAGCAGCUAUAAGGUCGGAGAAGAUAUUACAUGCUUUGUAUCAAAGUUUAAUCCAGAGAGGAAGUGUUUGGAGGUCACCACUGAUCCUUGUGUUACUGGAACAGUUGAACUUCUGGCCAUGAUCACUUACCCUAAAGAUGCCAGCCACCCAGAGAAACUCUACAAGCUUGGCCAAGCUGUCCACGCCAAAGUGGUGGAAGUGACCUCCAAACCUCAGCGCCUUGCACUUUCAGUCACAGGUGCCUAUAAACUGGAGAAAGGCGGUGUGACUUUGGGGAUGGUGACAAAUAUUCAGCCACAAGUUGGCCUCCUGGUCAAGCUUCCCUUUGGUGGCAUGGGGGCUGUUGCUGUCACUGACCUGGCUGACGCCUACAAGCCAAACCCCUUGGAGGUGUACAGCAAGGAUCAACUGCUCAGGUGUUACCUUCUGGGAAAUGAAAACGGCAAGUGGCAGUUGUCUCUACGUCCAUCAAGGUUGAACCCAGAGCAGACCAAGCCGGUGAAGGACCCAGAAGUUUUGUCUGUAAAAAAACUGAAGACAGGCCAGAUCAUCAGAGGCUACGUCAAGUCUGUGGGAGAGCAAGGGGUCUUCAUCAGGUUGUCAACAAGCAUCACAGGAAGAGCCCAGCUUCAGCAGUCCACCCAGUACUUUGUUAACAACCACAAAGUUCUCUCUGAGCACCUGCCUCCAAACACCCUGCUCACUACAAAGAUCCUCAGUAUCGACAAAAAAGAGGCGUUGGUCAACCUCUCCCUGCUCCCUGCGGACACCGGGAAGCCAGACAUCCUCCCAGAAUCUCUCGGUCUGCCAUUGCGUCUGAUCGGAGAGGAGAAGAAGAAACACGACUCCAAAAAGAAAAAGCGCACACUAUCCGAGAGCGAGCAGAAACAAGCAGAGUCCCCAGUCCCAAAGAAAAAGAAGAAGAAGAAAACAAAGACUGAGGACAAUGACAGUGGAGUGGAGGUGUACUUCAGGGAAGAGGAGGAUAAGGAGGAUGAGGAAGAACCCAAACCUGAUCCUGUAAAACAGGUGACAGCAAGCUCAGCAGGUCCAUCCAGACUGCAGGUGGCAGCAGGUUUCUCCUGGGACAUGGGACUGAACUCCCUGAAGCCUGCUGCUGCAGCGAAGGAUCCAGACUCCAGCGAUGGAGAGGACCAAGAGGGAAGCAGCAAGCCCCAGAAAAAGUCUCGACACGAGCUGGAGCAGGAGAAAAAGGCAGCGGAGAAGGCCCUGGUGCAGCGGGAGACCGAGCUGAUGGACCCCAACCUGAGGCCCCAGGACACUGCUGCCUUCGAGCGUCUGCUCCUGGCUUCGCCCAACAGCUCGCUCCUUUGGCUCCAGUACAUGGCUCACCAUCUGCAGGCCACCCAGAUCGAGCAGGCCCGUGCUGUGGCCGAGAGGGCGCUUAAAACAAUCUCCUUCAGAGAGGAGCAGGAGAAGCUUAAUGUGUGGGUGGCCCUGCUGAACCUGGAGAACAUGUACGGCACAGAGGAGAGUCUCAAGAAGGUGUUUGAGCGGGCGCUGCAGUUCUGUGAGCCCAUGCCCGUCUACCAGCAGCUGGCUGACAUCUACGCCAAGUCUGACAAGACCAAGGACGCUGAGGGCCUGUACAAGACGAUGGUGAAGCGUUUCCGUCAGAAUAAGGCGGUGUGGCUGAGCUAUGGCACCUUCCUGCUCCAGCAGGGUGAGAGUGACUCUGCUAGUGCUCUCCUGCAGAGGGCGCUGAAGAGUCUGCCCUCCAAAGAAAGUGUGGAUGUGAUCGCAAAGUUCGCCCAGCUGGAGUUCCGUUACGGCGAUGCAGAGAAAGGUCGCACCAUGUUUGACAAAGUCCUGACAAGCUACCCAAAACGCACAGACCUCUGGUCCGUCUUCAUUGACCUCAUGGUCAAACAUGGAUCACAGAAGGAUGUCAGGGCGCUCUUUGAUCGUGUGAUUCACCUCAGUGUUUCUGUAAAGAAGAUCAAGUUCUUCUUCAAGCGCUACCUGGAGUAUGAGAAGAAACAUGGCACUCCACAGAGCAUCCAGACAGUCAAAGAGAAGGCCAUGGAGUUUGUGGAGGCCAAAGGCACCGAGGCUGCCAACUAAAGACCAAAUACACACAACCGUUCACAUAUUCUGUAUAUGCGUGGACUGCAGUGGGUCUGCUCUAUGUACCGUUGGAAACAAGUUUAUGGCUGCAGAUGUUCAUACAGAUUCCUGCUCAAAAUUAUCAACUUUUUUUUAUUGUCAUGGACUGGAGACUUUUGAACCCGAAUAUCAGGGUUUGAUGCUGUAAUGUCGCAGAACACAACAAACCUUCACAAAGGGGGUUGCAAUCACCUAUAAAUGUUUGAAACUAAUAUUUAAAACUUCAUCAACUUACAAUUUUAAUCAAUUUUGUAUGUGAGUGAGUCUGAGCUAUGAGAGUAUUGAAUGUUUAGAUUACUGCUUUUUUGAAUGGAUUUAUAAAAAGGUUCCUUAACACAUUUGUGGGAGCAUUUCUACUACUCUUGAUUGGUCAAUAAAUCCACCACCCUUACAAUACA